UUCGAUAAACUAGCAUCUCUUAUUAGUGUGCAUACCGGUGAUAACAAAGUGACAGAGGCAAUGACUUGACAAGUGAAGAAAAAUUCACAUCUAUUUUAGAAAUUUUGCUCGAAGAGCUCAUCAUUAGAUCGGCGUCAUGUCGCAAUUACUCAGGGCAUCCAUCCACAAGAAUUUGAGGAACCCCAAAGUUAUUGGAGGAGUAGCAGUUGCACUCUUUGUUGCCUACCAGGUAAAGAGUGGUGCUAGUGUUCUCCACCGCUCUGGACUCGGGGGCCUGCUCACUCGCGACCCGGUAAAGAAAACCGGCUCUACUGGCACAAAUAAUGGCCAACACAAUUCGGACGCACAGGGUGAGGUAACUGGAGAAAAUAGCAGUCCACAACAUUCAGCGAAUCCAUCAAGCUCAUCUACAUUAGUAGGAAAAGACUUUUACAUUCGCCUCAGGAAACUUUUCCGCAUUAUCUUGCCAGGAAUAUGGACCAAAGAAUUUGGAAUUCUGUUUUUACACACUGUGAGUUUAGUGACAAGAACUUUCUUGUCAAUUUAUGUUGCUCAUUUGGAAGGAGGAAUGGUAAAAACAAUUGUUGAUACUAAUCUCAGAGGAUUUAUCUAUCAAAUCAUGAAGUGGUUGGCCCUUGCUGUUCCAGCUACCUUCAUCAAUAGCACAAUACGCUUCUUGGAGUCAAGUCUCUCUCUUGCAUUUCGUACCAGACUCGUUGAUCAUUCCUACAAUCUCUACUUCAAGAAUCAGACCUACUAUCGAGUUGGUAAUUUGGACAGCAGAAUUGCCAAUGUAGACCAGAAUUUGACUGAAGAUGUGACAAUAUUCUGUGAAUCAGUUGCUCAUCUGUAUUCAAGUCUGACAAAGCCAUUGCUGGAUGUAGUGCUGAUGACCAUUGCUCUUGUUCGACUUGCUAGACAGGGCAAUGCAGGUACCAAUGUUCCUGGACUCAUAGCUGGAUCAGUCUUGAUUUUGACAGCUAAGAUCCUAAGGAUGGCAUCCCCUAAGUUUGGAAGGUUGGUAGCAGAGGAGGCACAUCGUAAAGGACAGUUGAGAUUCGUUCACUCCAGGAUCAUCACUAAUGCAGAGGAGAUUGCUUUCUACAAUGGACACGAGGUGGAGCACAGAAAUCUGUUGCAGAAAUACCACUCGUUGAAGCGUCAGAUGACCCUGAUAUUCAAGAAACGUUUGUGGUAUGUGAUGCUAGAGCAGUUUCUUAUGAAGUACAUGUGGUCAGCCUCUGGGAUGAUGAUGGUUGCUAUACCAAUUAUGACUUCCGAAGGACCUACACUAGUGGAUGGAGAGGUAGUGAGUGAAAGUGAGGAGGUGAGUUUAAGAACUCAAGGAUUCACGACAGCAAAAGGUUUGCUCUCAUCAGCAGCAGAUGCCAUUGAGAGAAUCAUGUCUUCGUACAAAGAGGUGACUGAGUUGGCAGGUUACAGCGCCAGAGUAUCAGACAUGCUUACAGUCUUUGAGGACGUCAGUAAAGGGCGUUAUGUCAGGAACACUGUAUCCAACAAUGGAAAGGUCAAAGGUCAGAAAGUAAUCAAGGAAGUAACCUCAUCAGCUGAUCUACGAGGGGAGGUUACCACGACCGACUCUGCGUUGAUCAUAGCAGAGAAUCUGCCUAUCAUCACACCGAACCAAGAUGAGGUCAUCUCAAGCUUGUCAUUAAAGGUUUCUCCAGGUAUGCACCUUCUGAUUACUGGACCCAAUGGCUGCGGGAAGAGCUCUUUGUUCAGGAUCCUGUGUGGUCUUUGGCCCGUCUACAGAGGCAAGCUAGUCAAACCAGAUCCACAUCAUAUGGUCUUCAUACCACAAAGACCAUACAUGUCUCUUGGCACAUUGAGAGAUCAGGUCAUCUACCCAGAUUCCUUGAAAGAGAUGGCCAAGAAAGGGAUGACAGAUGAUGAUCUAGAGAACAUCCUUGGUAUAGUCAACUUACAGUACAUUGUGACAAGAGAAGGAGGAUGGGACUCAGUGAGCGAUUGGAAGGAUGUAUUCUCAGGGGGAGAGAAGCAAAGGAUGGGCAUGGCAAGGCUCUUCUAUCACAAGCCCCAGUUUGCCCUUCUUGAUGAGUGUACUAGUGCUGUAAGCAUUGAUGUUGAAGGCAAGAUAUUCCAAGCUGCAAAAGAUGCUGGGAUAAUCAUGUUAACGAUCACACACAGACCGUCACUAUGGAAAUACCACACCCAUCUCCUCCAGUUUGACGGGACCGGUCAGUGGCGGUUGGAGGAACUUGACACCGCGGCUCGUCUCAGCCUGAACGAAGAGAAGCAACGUCUUGAAUCCCAACUCUCUGGUAUCCCUGGCAUGCAGGAGAGACUCAAUGAACUGUGUGAGAUCUUGGGUGAAGACUCGGUGCAGAGGACAGUGCCCUCUAAAGAUAAGAAGAAGAAUGGGAGCGACGAGGAGGAGGAGGUUGUGGGAGAAGGAGGAGGAGAAACAAGGAAUGGAGCACCGGAAGCUGCCGAGAGUGACCAGUGAUGGAGGCACAGAAGACAAUCAAUCGGUCUACAUGAUUUGCCAGAACAAAGAGAGAGAGAGAGAGAGAGGACAUUACAUAGUGUAAAUGAAGUUUUGCGCAGUGCUAUGAGGAUUGAGCGGUUUUGACACCUUAUUAAGGGAUCAAGCAAAAUGUAAGCAAUAGUUUGAGCAAAGCAGGCAUCAAAAGUAGCAUAUGAAAUGAGCUGCUAUUAAAUUUCUAUUUUAUAGAAUUUAGAUCAGUAUGUAUAGUGAGCUUGUAUAAGUCUAGGUUAAGGGUGCUUUAUAUUUGUUUUGAACAAAAUUCCCGGACUAAAAA